AAAAUGGCACUGAUGGAAGUGGAGACUGCUUCUUAAGAUGAGACCGAUUCUUUUCAUGCUUUUGAUCAGCACAUCAGUGAGCUCCUGUCCAGACGGCGCUCACGUCCACCUGGCCAGCCUGCGAUGCUUCUGGCUUUCUGAGAAGACGUCCACGUGGUCUGAGGCUUCAGCUUCCUGUCAGCGGAAUGACGGAGGACGCGUUGCGGCUGCUGGCACCGCCGAGCUGCAAAACUUCCUUCGCCGCUCCUUCCCAGUGAAAAGUACUUUGUGGGUUUGGAUUCAUGGAGCAAAUGAAGAGAAUGCAGACAAGAUUGACUUUUCGGAGUCAGCGAGUCAUCCGUGGCGAGACGGAGGCAGCGACGACAAAGGAGAAGUGUGCACUCAGAUGGCUUUGGGGACGCCUGGACAAUGGAGGAGCACCCCCUGUGUUAAACCGUACCACUUUAUAUGUCAAAAUAGCUUAAAUGAGUCUUUACCAGCGCCGGACACUUAUGUGGUGGGAGUGGUUCUGAUGACGGGCAUCUACCGACUGGUUCAGAUAGAGCCCUUAGCGAGUGUCCCUGAUGUUGAGCAACUAGCGGUGGAGAUGCAGUUGUUCCCUGGCCUGUGGUUCAGUCACGCAGGCAGAGUGACAUCACUGGAAGCGGUGGUCCAACCCAGCAUGAGCCCUUGUCUGGCCCGCUUUCAAAUCCUUCGACCCUACUGCAGCCCCAAUUACCACCUAGUACCUCCAGGUUGCCCUUCUCUGAUGAAUCCAUUCAGCUGCUGCUCCACAGUUGCACUGUGCAACACGACAGGGGGAUGCGGCACGGGCCGGUACUGGUGUCAUAUUCUGGAAGCCUGCCUUUCCAACCACCUCCCCUGCUCACCUUACACCUCGGCGGCGGGAGGUGGCUUUGCGUUACCACCCAGAUCCCCCCCGGCCGCCAGAGCGCCUUUUUACCACUUGGUUGCUGACCUCCCGCUGGAAAUCAGCCCCAGCUCACAAAUGCAAACGUUCAGCGUUCUUCUCCCAGAAGAAGCCAUUACCGUGUACCCCGACGACGUCGUUGCCAUCCAACACACUCGCGACCCCGGAGCUUUUCUGCGCUGCCUCGCCAGCGAAGCUGCUCUCAAUUCUCCGUGGCGACAGAGUUAUUUGUCUCUUCAGGGUAGUACAAAGUGGGGGGGCUGGUGGGAAGGCGGCCUCGCUUUUCCGCCACCCCAAGGCGAGCACUGGGUGGACGAGGUGGUGUGUGAUCUGCGAUUGCUUUAUGAAGACCCCACUCCUCGUGGCGCUACCGAGCAAGCGCGGCUGCUCGAAACAACCGCAGCCUCCGGCAUCAAGUCCCCAUCUCCAAGUGCCGCCUCUACACUGACACCGUGUGGCUACGAGGCAGUGGCGGGACUGGACGUGGAGCCGCGCGGACGCCGCAGGAUGCUCGUGGACGUUCCUCAGUCAUUUACAGCCCAAGUGGAACGUGGCUCAUCUGUGACAUUCUCAUGGGUGAUGGACAACCUGGACGCAUUUGCAUACGAAGGAGAAUCCUACAGUGUCGUCUUCGAGAAACCUGCCGAGCACAAACUAAAGGGAAGUGGCAAAUAUUUGAAUUGUACUCUUUUAAUCAUUGAUGGAAACAACAACAACAGGUAA